CAAGCCGAGCAGAAGAAUCUCGAGCAGAAGAACCAUGAACUUGUCGAAGCAUUUCGUGAAAAAAGCAAAACCCAGCAGCAAAUCCAGAAGCUGUAUCAGUCUCUCAAGGCUCAGGUCAUGGCUUCUCACGUAGCAACCGCUGCUACCGACGAAGCUGAACACACCAUCCACACCUCCAGACGCGAUCUCUUCGUUGAUAGAAUACCUGGCACACGCAAAUCUGCACCCAUCUCCACAACUCCCUCUCAACACAGAAGUCGUCUGCCGGUCGCUCAUAGCGGCGCUCGCAAUAACGUCUUUCUAGGCGGUGAAUCCAGCCAGCAAUUUGGCAAUGCGAUGAACUCACAGACGCUGCAUGAUCUCAACUCGAAUGGUGGAGGGCCGAGCGGCUACAGGUUCAGUAAUGGCUUGAAGUCGAGCAGCCGGCAGAGCGGUGGAUUGCGUCGGACUGCAGCCGCGAAUCUGCACCGUGGAACAGCGUCACAGAACUUGCCUGUGCGUUAA